UGGUUGGGUUAAAGAACAUUUCAAUGUUUCGCGCUAAAUCUUCUUCAAAAGUAGAAAUUUUUAACGAAAAUGAAGAAGAAGCACAAGAAUAUAAAGAUGGAAUUAUACAUUAUGGCAUUAUGCUUCUUCGCAUGAACUGUCUGUGGCCCAGAGCAAAUCAAAGUGCUUUUUCAUUUCGCAUUCAAAUAGUAAUUACUUUGCUUUUGUGCUCUACCACUGGCUUCACAAACUUUACUUUUCUUGUUCACACUUUUUGGUCUGGGGAUAAUUAUGUUAUUGACGACAUUUUGGAAGCUGUAGUCAUAUCCCUAACCACAAUUGGCAUCUAUACAAUCAUGAUCACUCUAAUAGGCCAAUCAAAAGUAAUCAUGCAGCUGUUGAAAGACAUAAAUACCUUUGGAGAAUUUGGCAAACCAAGCAAUUUUGAUGAGACCAACGCCAAAAUGAACAGAUUUAUCCUUAUAUCCUACUUAUAUGCAUUCGGGGCUGUUAUGUUGUACGUUAUAUUUUCUUUUCUUGAUUUUCAAAAGUGUGAAGCUAGAAACGUAAAGUACGACAUAAAUCGUUUAUGCGGAUUCAUCACUUCUUUCUGGGUGCCAUUUUCGAUGGAUCCAGUAAUAACCAAGGUAUUAUUUUAUAUUAUACAAGUUACAUCCAGCGUGGUUGUAUCCAGCGCUGGCACUACAAUUAUGGGAUGGAUUUGGGCAAUCGUCGAAAUGUUUUUGACCAAGGUGGCUAAUCUGAAAGCGAUGUUGUUGCAAAUCAAUGAUUUGACUGACAAUGGAAAGAAACGAGCGCAUAUGAAUAAAUGCAUACGAUAUCACAUUGAAAUAAUAAAUUUAGCGGAUCAAAUUAAUGAAUGUAUUGGAGUUUUGGUUUUUAUCGCUUCUGGUCUGAUCUCGAUGAUAAUUGGCAUGUGUGCAGCUUUAUUCUUGCUUAAACCGGAAGUUUAUACGUUUAUUCAUGGCUUGGGAUGGGUUUUUGGGAUGUAUAUUUUGUGUCAUACUGGGCAACGCUUAAUGGACGAAUCCACGGAUAUUCCUUUUGCUGUGUAUGACACUGAAUGGUUUGAAAAUGAUAUUGGAGUGCAAAAGGAUUGUAUCUUUUUUAUCAUGCGAGGAAAUGCUCCUCUAAAAUUGGAAGCUGCAGGCUUUUUGUUGUCACAAUGGCCACUUUUACAGGAGUCAUGAAAAAUGCGUAUUCCUUCAUUGCACUGGUGCAGCAAACGUUAUUAGCAAAAGAAGACUAAAACAGAUUAAUAUAUUACAAGAAAUAGAUAUAUUUUAGAAUACACACGCUUGAAAUAUGUUUGUUGUAAAGUAAUAAUUACUUUAAUAAAAUUAGCAAAGUUAUAAAUCAGUUAAAAAUAA